UCCUGUGUCUGUCCUUACAGGUCAGACUGCAGAGCACAUACCACAUCCUUACCGUUCUUCGAGGUCACGGCCCAACGCCCAAUCUUCAGGGUCCCCGAGGGUGGGGACGGGUACGGAGUACCGCAUCCAGCAGAGUGGCUCUCCGCCGGACGGCAUCCAUUUCAAGUAGGUAAUGGUUAUGAAACCGACCAGACGGCGUGACAGCAAGAACUCCCACGGUUUCAAGAUCUGCCUCAUGGUCAAUUCACCGCUCCAACUGCCAAAACGCGUCUUGUUGAACGUCUCAGGGUACGCCUGUCACCUUGUGGUGGGCCCCGGAGAUUAUUUUGGUGUGAACCGCGGCUCCAUGUGCGCUGUCCUUGUAGCGUAUUGGAUACCUACAUACUGUGUAUAUAUCCACCAAAGUCCAGAUCCCUCUUCUCCAGUAUGUAAGGUAGUAAUCAGCUCUACCUACAUACUACUAGCUAAGCUGUCGACUUUUCAGCUUGGUAAACACAGGGUCGGGACUUCGCCGAGAGAGAAGGCGGACCGCGGUCCAUCAGACUCAGGUUCCUGGCUAGCAUUGAUGACCAACAGUGCCACAUCGCCUCCGCUGGUUCCUGCAUAUGGACCCGCUCUCUGCAAAGAAGCCCAAUUCUCGAGCUUCGUCUCGUGGGUCCGCCUAGCUUCGGCAAGCUCCCCUGCAAGUCGCAGCUUUGAGUAGCUGUAGUCACAAAAUCCUCCAUGUACCGGUACGCCUGGAGCUUGUUUUGACUUCCUCUCAGCUUCCAUACUGCUGACACGAUAUUCACUAUAGCCAAGAAUGUCAUUUCCAUCUCGUGCUUCGUCCUCUGCGUCUUGCGAAAAUCCCACGUCUCCACACCUUCUUCAAGGUGCUUGCUCAGCCUGGACACUGAAUGAUCUGGAAUAUCCCGUUCCUGAGCUGGAUCAGGCAUUGCCCCGUCUUGGACCCUCCGAGGUCUCCCGAGACAAAGACUACCAACACUGCUGCAUACGCAGCUGAGGCAGCGAAGACCUCGGC